UAACUGAAAAUUCCGGUUUCUAUUUCCAAUAUGUGAGAUAAUUUUUCCAUCUUUCCUACGGCUCGAGAAGUGGAAAGAAACAAAAACACCGGAGGAACACAGAGGAACACAGACGAAAUACGAGCAAUUGAAAGCUCCCAGUGAUUCGUCCAUGGCGUUUAGGGCUUCUUCUCUCAACUCUCACUGAAAUACUUGCUCUCUAUUUAGUUUCUUCUGCUCCCUGUUUCGUUGUAUUGGAAAACCCUAAUUCUCCAUGCACCAAUUUCCGUUGCUGUUCACUCCACUUCAACACUGCCUUUGAAGUUGAGUCAAUUUAGCCGCAGUUGGUAUGGGCGCCCCAGAUAGAUCUCCCGCGACCUCCAAUUCUAUGCAGCGUGUCAAAGUAUAUCGUUUGAAUGAUGAUGGAAAAUGGGAUGAUCAAGGAACAGGGCAUGUUACUGUUGACUAUUUGGAGAGAUCGGAGGAGUUGGGAUUGUGUGUUGUUGAUGAAGAAGACAGUGAGACUCUACUUCUACAUCGUAUUAGUUCAGAUGACAUUUACAGAAAGCAAGAAGAUACCAUAAUCUCUUGGAGAGAUCCAGAAUAUUCUACAGAGUUAGCUCUUAGCUUUCAGGAGACAACUGGAUGUUCAUACAUUUGGGAUCACAUCUGCAAUGCGCAAAGGAAUCUCCAUUUUAAUUCUCUCAACAAUGAUACGUUCCACAGCAUGAACAGUGAGUUAAGGGAGUUGCCUGCAAUUGAGUUAUCGACUCUGCCACUAAUACUUAAGGUUGUUACUGAAAGUGGGAUUACAGAUCAAAUGCGGUUAAUGGAACUCAUAGUUGCCAAUCAAGAUUUUUUCAAAAAGCUGAUGGACAUAUUUCAUAUCUGCGAAGAUUUGGAAAAUCUAGAUGGUCUUCACAUGAUAUAUAAAAUAGUCAGAGGGAUCAUCAUGCUAAAUAGCUCACAGAUCUUUGAGAAAAUUUUUGGAGAUGAGUUAAUCAUGGACAUCAUUGGUUCUCUAGAAUAUGAUCCAGAGGUAGACCAUGUCCAGCAUCAUCGUAACUUCUUAAAAGAGCACGUCAUUUUCAAAGAGGCCAUACCCAUCAAGGAUCCAUUGGUCUUGUCGAAGAUACACCAAACAUACAGAAUUGGCUAUCUAAAGGAUGUUGUUUUGGCUAGAGUAUUGGACGAGUCCACAAUUGCAAAUCUAAAUUCCAUUAUCCAUGCAAACAAUGCGCUGGUCGUUUCUUUGUUGAAGGAUGACAAUACAUUUAUUCAGGAGUUGUUUGUCAAGUUGAAAUUGCCAACAACCUCUGAAGUGUCUAAGAAGAAUUUGGUACAUUUUUUGCACGAGUUUUGCAGUUUAAGCAAAAACUUGCAGAUGGUUCAGCAGCUAAGGUUAUUUAGGGAUCUUAUGAAUGAGGGAAUUUUUGAUGUCAUUGCUGAUGUAUUACAAAGUCCAGAUAAAAAGUUUGUGUUAACUGGGACAGAUAUCCUUAUUCUUUUCUUGAACCAAGAUCCAAAUCUUCUACGUUCUUAUGUUGUUAGGAAGGAAGGGAUUCCACUCCUAGGACUAUUGGUUGAAGGCCUGAUUACAGAUUUUGGGGAGGAGAUGCACUGUCAGUUUUUUGAAAUCCUUCGAUGUUUACUGGAUUCCUACUCGCUAUCAGGAGCAGCUCAGAGAGAAGCUGUUGUUGAGAUAUUUUACGAGAAUCAUUUGGGUAAACUAAUUGAUGUUAUAGCAGUUUCAUGCCCUUCAGAAGGUCUUCAUACAUUGAGCAACAAAAUUGGUCACUCUAGUGUAUUAAAGAAUCAGAGCAUAGUAAAGCCUGAAAUACUAUCCAACCUUUGUGAACUGCUUUGCUUUUGUGUUCUCCACCAUCCUUAUAAAAUAAAGAGCAACUUUCUCGUGAAUAAUGUCAUAGAUAAAGUGUUAUUACUGACUCGAAGAAAGGAAAAAUGCUUGGUUGUUGCAGCUGUUCGGUUUGUUCGUACUAUUUUAUCUCGCCAUGAUGAUGAUCUGGUCAAUCAUUUUAUAAAAAACAAUCUUCUAAAACCAAUUAUAGAUGCCUUCAUUGCUAAUGGGAAUCGUUACAAUCUGCUCAACUCUGCUGUUUUAGAUUUAUUUGAGUAUAUCUGCAAGGAAAAUCUGAAAUCUUUAUUCAAGUACAUAGUUGGUUCAUUCUGGAAUCAGUUGGUCCAGUUUGAGUAUUUGGCUACAAUCCAGUCUCUAAAAGUUAAAUAUGAGCAGUGCCUAGAGGAUUUUAGUACAAGAGGCACAACUACUAAUGUAUUAGAUCCUAGAAAAAGAAUCGAGGAGCGUGCUUUGGAGAAAGAAGAAGAAGACUAUUUUAAUGGAGAGAGUGAUGAAGAGGAUACUGCAACUGCAUCUGUUUCAAAUGUACAGAAAUCGCAAUCUUUACCUGUUCUAUGUAAUGGAGUUGCUGCAAGUUACCCUCCACGAAGUCCUCAACCCGGUGGUGGACUUGUUGACUAUGAUGAUGAAGAGGACGAUGAGAACUACAGGCCACCGCCACGAAAACAGUCAGAAACAGUGGACGAAGAUGAAGGAUCACUGCAUACUCUCAGGUUGAAGCGGAGGCCCGUUCACAAGGACAAGGAAUCUGAGAAGGCGAAAAAGCUGCGACUGGGAAGGAAUCCCAAGAUGAGUAAUGGUGUAUUUGCUGCCUUGUGUUCAACAUUGAGCCAUACAGUUCUGCCUGAUAAGGUUACAGCCAUCUCCCAGCAACCUAAGCCCCAUUUGAUUGAUCCGAAUAAUUGUUCAGAUCACGAGAGUCCGAAAGGGCAGGAUCAGAAUGCUUUAAGAACCGCAACCGAUAGCAACAGUAGUUUGGACGAGGAGAACCAUACAGAAAAGCCACCAAUUUCUUCUAAAAAGUGUUCUGAUCAAUUGCUUAAUCCUUCAGAAAAUAGACAGUUGAAUGGAGAAGACUGUUCAUUGAUUCCUCCAAACUCCUCGCCUGAAAUGACUGUAAAUGGAUCCUAGGUUUUCUCUUCAUGGCAGGGUCAUUGCAAGUUCCUUCCAUUUUCGUUUGCCUUGUGAAUAUGCGUCGUGCGAGAACGAACCCAGGCUAGUCUUGGAUCGGCAAGUUCGAAGGGAAGUUAGUUCUGGAAUGAAUUGACAUGAAAAGGCAAGGAGGAGGUAGUUGAUGGCUGUAUAAUAGUGUAGUGUACUGACAGUGGUGGAUUGUGGAAGCUUCUUGUGUUGCAUUCGAACGAACGUUUCGAACAUCCUCGCACCGGGCUGUUCUAUUAUGACGAGUUUAGAAACAGUUGCUUUAAGUUAAACAGUUGUUGGUAUCAAAUUUUGUUAUCUGAUUUGAGUCCUCCCCCCACCCCAAAGAUAAAAGAGAUAGGGUUAGGGUGUAUACAAAUAUUUAUAUCCAUGGGUUCAACUUUGUAAACUAAUGUCAUUCAGUAGAGAUAGGGAGACGAGCAAGUCCCUCCCUCCAAAAGGAACAUGGAUUUUAUUAAGCUAACACAUUUUUAAUAA